ACUCGAGUGCGGUGAUUGGACAAAAGCAGUAUCACGUGAUUAGGCUUGUUGUACCCGGAAGAAUGACAAAUGGUUCUCGAUACAAGCCUUCUAGAUUUUUAAGAGCAAAAUGGCAUCCUACUUCGACGAGCACGACUGUGAGCCCACCAACCCUGAGGAACAGUAUCGCCAGAACGCUCUACUUGAACUGGCCAGGUCUCUGAUGCAGGGUUUGGAUUUGAUGGACUCAGGGGAUUCAUCAGACUGGAAUCAGCGUCUCCCUCCUCCUGCUGCAAAAGUAGCUGUACAGACCCUCAAUGUGGUUGUCAUUUCUCCUGAACAAGCAGACAAAGGCCUGAAGUGUCCCGUUUGUUUACUGGAGUUUGAAGAGCAGGAGACGGUUCGAGAAAUGCCCUGCAAACAUCUUUUCCAUUCGGGAUGUAUCCUGCCGUGGCUCGGCAAGACUAACUCCUGCCCGCUGUGUCGACUUGAACUACCCACUGAUAAUCCAGAUUAUGAGGAGUUCAAGAAAGACAAGGAGAGAAGAAAACAGAGGGAGCACAGAUUGGAGGACCUCCAUGGAGCAAUGUACACAUGACAGUGACCUUUGACCAUUUCUAAAUAUUCAGGACGUUCUCAACUAUCAGAGUGAAAGUACACACAUUAUAGCCUUCAGUUUGCAGUAGUGACUCAGUAUUGUUUAUACAAUUUCCACAAAAAGAUAUAAUUUAUUAUAUAAAUGAUGUGACAUCUUUAUUUGUUCCAUGUCCUAUUCUCAUUCAUUCCAUACUUUUUAUAUGAUGUUUGAAAAUGUAAACCAAUCAUUUUACACUAGUGAUGCUUGUUCGUUUUUUCUUUUGAGCAGGAGCACCCCGACAUGUCUUGAAUGCAUUCUCUCUGAAACGCCCCCCCCCCCCCCAUAAAUUAGAGAAUCCCGAAUUU